AGAGAGGGAGGGAGAUCUCAGCACUUUCGGAGAGUCUUUCCGAAAAAAGCAUUGUACAUCAGUGGGCUAUAAAGGGAGGACAACACUGCACGGCUUCCCCGUUAAGUAUUUGUUGGGCUCUGUUGGACCCGCGUUUUCUGAGAGUUCUGGACAACUACUCUCAUUUCUUCCUUACUCUUUUGGAUCUAUAGCGGCUGAAAGGAACGCAACACAGCUUUUAGAAAUGCUCGUCGGACGCAAAUCGUGCUGGAGGCAAUUGCAGGCUUCUUUUUUCCGACUGCUAUGCCUUAUUCCCACAGGAUUCCCCGUCCGGAGUGUGGAUAUGCAGCGGGCCACCGACAACAUCACGGUUCGCCAGGGCGACACAGCCAUUAUAAGGUGUUAUGUUGAUGACAAAUCCUCCAAGGUGGCCUGGCUCAAUCGAUCAAACAUCAUCUUUGCCGGCCAGGACAAGUGGUCUCUGGACCCCAGGGUUGAUCUGGUUACUAAAGGACAGCUUGAGUACAGCCUACGCAUACAGAAGGUGGAUGUUUAUGACGAGGGGUCGUAUACCUGUUCCAUACAGACAAAGCAGCAGCCGAAGCCCUCAUUGGUCUACCUCAUUGUACAAGUUCCAGCCAACAUCUACAAGAUGUCAGAAGACAUGACGGUGAAUGAGGGCAGCAAUGUCACGCUCAGCUGCUUGGCCAGCGGCAGGCCGGAACCACUAAUCACCUGGCGGCUGCUCAACCCCUCAGCAGAGCCAUUGGAAGGAGAGGAGUACCUGGACAUCAUUGGUAUAAUGCGAAACCAAGCAGGUCGCUAUGAAUGCAAGGCCAGCAAUGACGUUGCCACGCCUGAUGUCAAAUAUGUCAAUGUGAUCGUCAACUACGCUCCAACAAUAAAGAAAACCCAGAGCUCGGAGGCCCAGGUUGGCCGCAUGGGGACGCUGCUGUGUGAAGCCACUGCUGUGCCCACACCAGAAUUUGAAUGGUACCGGGAUGAAAAAAGACUGUCCAGUGCCCAGGGCAUCACCAUUCAAGUCCUUGGCACGAGUACUAUUCUCAUGAUUCCAAGUGUCACUGAAGAAGAUUACGGGAAAUAUACCUGUGUGGCCUCAAACCGACUGGGUGUCCAAAAUGCCAGUCUCUUCCUCUACAGACCCGGAACAGGCCGAGAUAUCAACGGCUCUGCCUGCGUCUCUCAAUCACUGUGGCUGCUGCUGGCCUGCUUCGCCUGCCUUCUCUUCAAGUGUUAAUACCUCUCCUCUCCUCCUCCUCCCCCUCCCACUUGGCCUUUCAACCUUCCCUUCCUUGUUCUCUCUACCAACUCACCAACAUCCUUAUUGCUACCUGAUCACCGACCUUACAGCCCCAGACUGUUUGCAUUAUUACAAAAACCUUGCGUGCUGUCGAGCACUGCUUGAAGAUAUUACGUGUGGGGUCAUGAGUACAACGCUAUAGAAGCAAGAAAAAAAAACAGAUAUGAAGGACAGAACAAGCAAACAGUGCUCUUUUUUUUUAAAUGUGUUGCUCUUUUUAAUAUGUAUGCUCUUCUUUAUUUCUGCUAUAUCUCGUCUGUGAAGUCUGGGUGGGGUUUAGCAUUUGCUGUACUGUCUUCAUAGAAUUGAACACAAAGGUGCCCCACUUAGAGGAUACCAACAAUCAUUUGUAAUGAGAAGAACUGAAGCUACAUCAUUUUACAUUCAACGGAAGAUUUUAUCCAGUGCAUUAAUGAGGUGCAGGGAUCUGCCAAAUAUUACACGACGAGAAAGUCAAAGUAGGAUGAAAUUGUUCCAAAAUGCAGCAUUCAUGUUGUCAUAUGGAGAUCAACUCGACUGGUAAUCAUUCAGAGUGUAAACUGGUCUGAUUAUGAAUACCCACAUCCACACGGAUGCGACCUUUAUUGCAAAAGAAUGCCCCAUUUUUUGCACCAGGCCUCUCAUUGUCACACAAACAGUUGAUUCUCAUGAGAGUUUAGUAGGAUGGCAAACAAUGACGUAUAUUUCCUAGCAACAAGCGUCUCACAGUUGCAGGUGACGAGACUGGUAAAAAAAGAACUACAGCUUUUCUAUUUGGCUUUUCAUUUUAAUGCCUGAAAUGUUGUUUUUUUUUUAAAGUCAAUGUUAUCUUUACUGUGAAAAUGGAAGACGUUAAUAAGUGUUAAUUUGAGGCUUGCACAAGUACUUCACCUCUCAAACACAACCAGUGGAGAUGCAUUACUUACAUGCUAAACGCAAGCGGGCCUUACAUCCCGACGUACGUGCUCCUGCGUGCUAACUACGUGCAAAAAAUGUAGACAUCAGACAGCACCCAAAGCCCGUGGGAAGAACAUUGUGAUACAAAUUAUUUUCUGCGUGCACGCAGGAGAGCCUUGCACACAGCUACAGUAGGUCACAAGGGCACGCUAGGCAGAGGAGGAGCGUGUGUGUCGCAAGUUUAAAAGAACAUUUUGUGCAUUGCCCGGCCACGGCAGCGGCUCCUCCCGCGGCGGGCGACUCCUCCAGCGUACACUGUAAACGCUAAACCUGGCUGCUGACACAGCGUAUCCGACAUUAAUGCGUCUUGCCCGGCCACAGCCGGCGGCUUCUCCCGGCCGACACUCUCCCAACCUCUGUGGACGCACGGCUGCUGCUCACACGGCGUAUCCGACAUCAAUGCACGGCGGGCAGCGCUUCCCGCUGUACACUCGUACGUCACUCGACGCACUCACGAUCUAACAGCUGCCAACGGAGGGCGACCGGCGAGCACGUGGGUGUCACGAAUCACUUGCUCCAUAAGUACGACGCACAUGCAACCCCUCUGAUACUCUACUUCCUCUACGUGCUGGCCACGGACAACAAAUUUCCCAACAAUUGCGGCGCCCGUACGUCGGGAUGUAAGGCCCACUUUAGCAGGUUUACCCCCUGUCAAAGACAUGAACAGUUGUUGGUAGCUUUAGUUUAACAGAGAGACAGCAUCAACAACAACCAUUUAAAUACUUUAAAUAAAGCUGAAAAGGUCAUUUGUAUUUGAUUGAGCAGCGUUGCCGAUUGUAAUUGUGGCAGUUUGUUGCGGGGCAAUCUGCUGAUUGGCCAUGAUGCAUGGGCGUGUCAUUUUGGGCUGUGGGAGACACGAAUUGAGCAAAAACUAUUAAAAGCAAAACAAAUAUUUCUCCUGUCACUUCUUUUUGUGUGUUUUAUGUCCAAAGCAAGACGGAGCAGCCUGUGAGUACUUUUAGUACUUUUAGCACCAGCUGCUUAUUGAGAAGCGCAAAAGAGCAGCAAGGUGUCCAGAAAAUGCAGCUAGAUUUGUCGCUAGUUGGGUUUUUUUGGAAAAACCAAAUCUAGACGGGCCUGCAUACAUGCCAAUUUGGUAACACGGAUCCACUACAUCUUCGUAUUUUCUGGCAAACCACAGACGUAUGAGCCGCGUUGUGAUGCCAGCGUUGGAACAACGAGCUGCAUUCACAGCCACUCCCGUUAGAAUGCGUUUAUGAGCAAGGGCCAACAGGCAGCGCCAUGUAUUUGUGGCGGUCCAAAUUCAUUUGUGACACAAAUAAAUGAAUGUACAGUCGUCCCUUGUUUAUCGCGGUUAAUUGGUUCCAGCCCCGACCGCUAUAAGUGAAUUUCCACAAAGUGGGAAUCAAUAAUAAACACAAAACCUGUUUCUGACUUUCAAAAUAUGUUUUUCCUAUUAUUAGAGCCCUGCAGACAUGAAAUAAUACCCCUAUAGUCACCUUUAAACUCCUUUUAUUCCCUGUUUGCGAUGGGAAUGACUUGUGUGCUCCAAACAAGGGGUCAGGAGAUUAUUUCACUCAAUCAAAUACAAAUUAAUUUGUAACCUGGAUUUUGUUUUUGUUGACAUCCUGUUUGUCUCUGCUACAAUAAACAUACAAUCAAAAUGUAGCCAUGUCUUUGUAACAGGGGAAAUGUGCAGAUGAAGUGAAGUGAACAGUGUUUGUGGAACUUUUCCAAAACAUGAAGGGAAAUAUUCCACUUUUGACUAAAAUCAUUUCUAUAAGACACGUUCUCCGAACCUGCAGAGAUGGUUAAGUAUCUUCUAUUCCAUGGAUAUUCUGACAUUGUUAGUGGGAAGUGGAAUGGAAUUGCCAGGGUUGUAAUUGUUACACUCUUGAGGUAACACAGAUAAUAUUGACCAAGUCCAGGAGCUUCGGAAAUGUCCACCACGUCACGCUCGUUAGUUAGCGUGGGAAGCUCCUUGACCGCCUUCUGUUUUGCUUCUAACACACACGAGCGGGCUAUAGUUAUGGGGCCAAAUGACUACUACUACAUGAAUAAAACAUUAACAGUUAAUAAAGUAUUGAUAUGUAAAAGUCAUGUGGUGUGCAAUCACCACGAAUGUUAUCGCCGAUACGCGUAUUUUGUGAGUGCAAGGUUUUAUUUGCCACUGAUUUUCAUGAACUUAACAUUGUACAGUUAUCUUUUUAUGUGUCUGUACGUUUCGCACCUCAACUUUCAAUUUUGACUCCCUUGUCGGGUUUCUAGUCAGCAGGUUCGGUGAACGCGUCAUACAAACGUACCGUAUUUCAUCCAGAAUCCUACCAAAUUAUGAUGGGAAUGAAAACCACAGGCGGUCAUCAGGUAACGUCACGCACACAGUGAUAUCUUGUAUUGCUAGCGAGUGGAAGUAACUUGUUGCAGUGUGUCUGUUUGAUGAGCACCCGGCCUCGCUGUCUUUUUGGCCUGCGCUUCGCGGCAGCUGGAACUGUGCGGCACACGACACCUGCCUGCUUCUGGCUCCAGACUUUCUCCAACGUCGUGGCAGUUUGGAUCAAAAUGUGUGACACCAAUGAAUGACUCGGGUUUAUCUUUCGGAGAACUGUUUGUUUACAUAAGAAAUGAUACACAACAUCUAUGAUAUUAUUAGUGAUGUUGAGGGUUUUCUUUCCGUACCUCAUUCGUUUUAGUUACACGCACACCAACAUUCUCACAGAUGAAUAACUCGUAGGUUUGUCAUUCUGGUACUCAAGAUAAAUAAUCCCCCUGUUUAAAGAACAAGUAUUGUGUGGGUAUUGUUCUACCUGUCUUUGCUUGCAUGGGCAAUGGAAUGUCAAUAUAAGGUUGGAAAAAUUCAAAAUGUGAUCAGCAAAAAUGAAUGUGUAUUCCCUUAACAGGUCUGACCUGUCGAUAAACAGCUGACAUGGCUGACUGUCAUUUCUUUCACAGAACCAAGUGUUCAGCUCAGGUCCAUUGCUUGCUGGUUGCAUUUCCACUGUUGCUACAACUGGUGGGGGAAUUACAGUACUGUACAACACUUGUGUAGUUAGUGUAAUAUUGACAAUGUUUUUACCUAUGACUGUGCGAUAUUGGAGGGUUGGUGAAGCCGUCGGAUGCGGUUUUGAAUUCAUAUGAGAAGCAGUGGGUACAUGUUAUCUCCAAAAGAGAGCCGUUUGUUUUGAAUGUGUUCAUCAUCUAGCACCAUUUUUGUUGAGGCAUUUUUCACCAAGCUAACAUCGGGUCUGUGUGAUGUCGAUGAACUGGGGUCUUACUUUAGUCUGACAUUUCACUUGUUUACUUUACAAUGCUGGCAGCGUGUGUUUUCUCACGUUACACGUGUUCCACCUGGUGCAGCCGCCUUUCACGGUGCUUGGCAGCGUUUUUGACAGAAGAGACCCCAACGAGAUUACCAAAGAAAUAAACAAGUUGUAAUUAUUAGUGGCGUCUGCGGGACAAAACAUCCGAAACAAUUGGGUGUAACUUCUUCAAGGAUCCUUGAAGAAAGAGUGCUCUAACCACUCCGCCCCUCAGCCCUGCCGUCCUGAAAUAUUUCCAAUCCAUUUCCUUUUGUGCAGUUCACAUAAAUGCCAUGUUGAUAAUGUUAAUACGUUGGAAGGUUUCAUUUUGUGCCGAUUGUUAUUCUUUUUUUUUGUGCCACAGAAGCAAAUAAAUAUUCAUCAGAAAACGACCAUUUUACCUCCAGUCGCUUCAUCGUCAAGUUUUAUUUAUCCAUCCAUCCAUCCAUCCAUCCACCUUCCACUGUGCAGGGAAGCCCAGACUUCCCUCUCCCCGGCCACUUCGUCCAGCUCCUCCCGGCCGAUCCCGAGGCGUUCGUAGGCCGGUCGAGAGACAUAGUCUCUCCAACGUGUCCUGUCUACUACAAGUUUCUCCUGGAUGACAGCGCUUCUCACCUUAUCUCUAAGGGAGGGCCCAGCCACCCUACGGAGAAAACUCAUUUUGGCCGCUUGCUCUCGUGAUCGUGUCCAUUUCGGCCACGAUCAAUUUUAUUUAUACAGUG